ACUUGCAUUUGUCAGAGCUACUGGGCCUACUGGACAGUAGAUAAUAUCACCUGCCUUGUAUCAAAAAAACUACUGCAAUACCAAGAAUUUGGAAUGUUGUGUCUUUCUUAUCACCAAUUGAUAAUAUUGAUGCGUUCCUUACUUCCCGCUCCUUACUUCCUGACUCGGCUUUCUACAAAUCCCUGCCAAGCUCGCCAAUAUUUUCUCAGAUGACACCGCUAUGCACGGCUUGCAGAACCCCGUACACACUCUUCUUCCAAAUACUGACCGUGCCCCACAAGUCCCUCGCUCUUUCGGCCCUCAGGUCUGAAUAGCUUUUACUUUACCAAUUCCAUUCUACAUGCAAACUUGAAGGGCCUCGACCAGCUUUGAAAUAGCAAGUCCUACUCCAAUCCCACAUACAACUUCUUGGAAGCCUAUAUUCACAUCGCAUUUAUCGAGAGUCAGAGGAUCGAACUUUGUGCAUGGAGGAUGCCUGUCAGCUGACACUGUAUGGAAACGCGCGUCGAAAACGUUCACCCAAUAGCGUCCAUAUAUGCUACCAUACUGCUAGCAUGCGAUUUAAUCCGGGUCUCAGAUGCAGGCCUCACCUCGGUCCUCUCACAGAUCGCACCCGCCACCGGUAGCGUGUUAUUUCCAUCAUUCGAAAGAGCUUCUAACGUCUUAGAAGUCCUCUCCAAAGUUGCAUCCCUUGUGUAUCAACUGAACAUAGGCAGACAGGAUUUCUCGGAAGAUAUAUACUUCUGCAGGGUCAAGCCUAUCAUGCGACUCGUAUGUGUUACAUUCCUUCAUCUGAAUCGCAUCAACAGCUUCUCGGACGCCCUCUGGAGAAUUCCUGGACGAGGGCGGAACGUAAUACCAGCACCAGCUCAAGCUUCAACUCAACGUCAACAAUGUCCGCAACCACUGGCUCGGGAACCAUUGUACGACGCGUCCUCCCAGAACACCGAUGAAAGCUCCCCCGAAAAGCCAGUCCACAACGAUGUUGCAGUAGAACCUCUCCGGAAUCUAAACUUGACGAGCUAAGUCUAGGCAACCAUGAACUGCACCGCGAAGAUUCGUGAUGUGGGUAUGAGAUUGACUCCAAGGGGUCUCGAUGCAGACAUAAAAAUAUCAUAUA